AUGGCAGCUAAGUUCAUACCAUUGCUUGAGCAAUGGAUCUCUUGCCAGAAAUCGUUUUCACCUUUCCGGAGGCUUUUGAACGUUUUGAGGUUCAAUAUCAACACUGAUGAUGAAAUCGUGCUACGGGUGCAACAACUGAAUGGAGACGACAAGCUGACAUGCCUAAAGGAGAUCACAAUGGUAGGAAGAAAUCUUAUUCAAAGUCGCCUCACCGGCGACUUAUGCCAGGACGCAAAUUGCGGUGGUCUUGCCGUGUUCCUGAGCAGAGUCUUGGACAACAUCCCAGAGAGAGCCCGAUCAGUAGGGGUGGCGAAACGGGUAGCGGGUCCUACUCCUCCACCUCCUCCUGCUGAUGCUCAUGCUACUGCCAAUGAUCCUGCUAAUGCUUCUGCUACUGCUACUCCUAAUGCUCCACCUGAUCCUGCCAGUGAUCCUGCUACUGCUACUCCUAAUGCUCUCCGCAACCCACGUCCAAAUGCGAUUGCUCGCUCCCCGCCGUUGCACCACCCUUCCGCCAGCUCAACUCUGCCCCAGGCUGCGACCUGCACUUCUCGCAGAGCCCCUUCCGGGGUCGCCGCCCCCCUUCUUGGUAUCGUAAUUUGUGAUUAA